GGUCCACCAAUGUGACAUGUGUUGCGCUGCAGCCAGAUGCCUGUGACAAACAGAUCCGUUAGUGUUUAUUUUCAUCCGCUACUUAUUUCUACUUUAACGACUGGAGCAGAAAAUCGUUGUCCUUAUGAAGUAUGGCCACAGUAAAAAAGGAUGACCGACUGACAAGUUCUCAAAGUUUACUGUGCGUCGGUUUUGCCGGGAUUUUUAGCAAAACAGUAACGUCACCUCUGGAAGUCGUGAAGAUUUUGAGUCAAAUAGGAACAUUUCACUGUAAACGCGGAUUCAUCCACAGCUUUGUUUUUAUUUGUCAGAAUGAGGGACUUCGAGCUUUUUGGAAGGGGAAUAUGGUUUCCUGUCUACGGUUGUUCCCCUACAGUGCCAUACAUUUAGCAACUUACAAAAACAUUGUGCACCUUCACAUUGAUGAACAGGGUGAUAUCUCGCAAUGGAGAGCUAUAGUUGCCGGUGGGCUGGCAGGAAUAUCUGCCGCUCUAGCAACAUAUCCACUGGAGGUGGUUGAAACCAGACUUAUUGCUCAGAAUUGCCAAGAACCAACAUACAGAGGGUUGCUGCAUUCUCUCUCCACCAUCUACAGAAAUGAAGGACUUCAGGCUCUCUACAGAGGCUUUUCACUCACAGUGUUAGGUGCCGUUCCCUUCUCUGUUGGCUGCUAUACGGUGUAUGUCAAUUUGGACAAGCUGUGGCAGGAGCGUCAUGUUCGCUUCACGUCUUUGCAGAACUUCAUCAAUGGCUGUCUUGCAGCAGGAGUCGCUCAGACUCUCUCCUUCCCCUUUGAAACUGUUAAAAAGAAGAUGCAGGCCCAGAGUCUUCUUUUGCCCCACUGUGGAGGAGUUGAUGUCCAUUUUAAUGGGAUGAUAGACUGCUUCAGACAGAUCAUCAAAAACAAGAGCGUGUUGGCUCUUUGGAGUGGCCUUACAGCCAACCUGGUGAAGAUUGUCCCAUAUUUUGGCCUGCUUUUCAGUUGCUUUGAGAUGUGUAAGCAAGUGUGUCUUUACCGGAAUGGCUACAUCAUUUCUCCACUAAGCUACCAGCCCAAACCAGGUGUGGACCAGAGCCUGGGCCCACAUGAACUGCAGGAGUUUAAGCGCUACCUGAGAAACAGAAAAUCACACAAAGCACAGAGUUCAUCCAUAGGAAACCGCUGGUAACUAAUCCAACAGGAGUUAUCAGUAAUAAAAAAAGAAGUGCAUUGAUUUCAUUUAAUUUAUUUAUAUAGAUACUGAUAACAAGUAUAAGGUGUUUGUACUGCCGGAAGGCACAAUGUAUUAAUUACAGAUGUACAUUCUUUAAGCAAGUCCAUUAUGCACAUUGUACUGUACCUCAAACACAUCAGACUCAAAUGACCUUAAAUGAAAGUAUUGCACCUAAGAGGCGGUAUUAAAGGUGCCCUUUCCUUUCAGCGUUAUGACAUUUAUGGCUUUUAGCUUUAUGCUCCACUGAAAGAGUAUUUUUUUUAAGAACUGCAUAUUGUGGUUCAAUUUUUGUGACCUUAAAUCUGCAUCGUAACGUACUGAUAUAUAUAUAUAUAUAUAUCCUGCUGAUCUGGACACGUGGUAACUCUGUCACCGUCUUCGAUUCAGCUGUGAAAAGGAUGAGAUUUGGUAAAGAUGAAAUCUUUAAGCACAUUGUAAAGAAUGUGUAAGUAUAAGCAAUAAACCUAUCUUAGUACUAAUUGUCAACUUAUGGUGUUAUUCAUCAUACUUUAUUAUCUGUUCAUUGUUAUAUAAUAUAAACAAAAUUUAAUUGCAUUAGUAGAGAUGGUAGUGAUGCAGGCAGUAUUGAUUUUUAUUUAUUUUCUUGUGAUGUCACAUGUUCCCAGUCAAAAGUCAUGUGAAGGACUUUGUACUGACAUGUUGGCUUUUUUCCUCUUGGAGAUCAUUAACUAAAGACAGUCGUGUCAAGCUAGUGACAAAUAUGCCUGCUAUGUCACCUUGUAGAACUGCUUCGUGGGUUGACAGCUGAAACUAAGAACUGGACAAUCCUGAUCCUCUUGCUGCAUUGAAUUAUCAGUGGGCAUCCAAAACAGUGCAAAAUUCGUUUUUGUUACGUUUUAAAUAUUGUAAGUCAUGAAUUACUGAUUAAAUUGAAACAUUUUUAUUUGUUUUAAAAACUUCCUGUUGUCCACCUUGAGA